GCCAGUUGUGAGCAGAAAUUCUUGCUUCAAACAAGCUGUCGUCAGACCGCAUUGCCGAGGCUCAUAACCUCCAAAAGAGAGGAGGUGAUUGUAAUUAAAUAUCAGCAGAAAAUGUCUACAUUUGCAGACAUAGCGACUUGUAACUGUAUCGACCGAUAUCGCAUUAGUUGCAAUUCCGUCGGCUGGCGGAGGUCAUGCUACAAACGGACUCAGGGCCCGCCUGCCCUACAGUUGCUGGGCUGGCAGCCGGUCUGGAAGGGGCAGGCAGGCCUUGUUGUGGCCUUUGAGGGUGACCAAGCAACCAAUCUUCGGGAAAAGUCUGGCCGUACCGAAUGGCCUCGACGAUCGUCCGGUUGUUAUCGAGACUCUCUCUCCCCCUCUUCUUUCUUCGCUUUUUCUCUUUCUCGUUCUUUCACAACCAGUUGGCAGCCGCAGCAUUUGGUGCUGCCUGGACGGCGAACUUCAAUUCCGACAAAUCUUUAA